GUUGAUAGGUGGUUGAAAUUCGAGUUUGUUGUGGUAUAUUUAUUAAUGUGCCAAAGUAUGAAAGCUAUAUGGAAAUUAUAUAAAUUUUAAGCACAAAAAUUAUCCAUUGAUUUAUUAAAAUAGUCGCAAUGCCUACUGUAAUAUUACUCGAUGUGUCUCUCUCCAUGAGCCGACCGGUUCCCUCUUCGGACUCCACAGAAACUCAAACCAGGCUAACUAUUGCUUCAGCGGCUAUCAAUACCUUCUUGGAUUAUUUAUGCGUACAUACAAAACUUGAAUAUGUUGCACUUGUUACUUUUUCAUCUGCUUAUGAAGUUGCAAUACCAUUUACUCGAGAAUAUGAUAAUAUCAGAGCAAAACUUCCACAUCUUGAAGAAGGAGACAAAACAUGUAUAGAAACUGCGCUCCUUGGUGUCAAUCAACUCAUUCUUAAUGAAUGGGGCUAUCAAACCCCUGUACAGAUAAUAUUGGUUACAGAUGGAAGUUGUGGAGUUGGUACUAUUGGAAGGAACCGCAUUAUGCAAGCCCUCCCUUUACCUCCUACUUACCCUGUACGAAUACAUGUAUUGCCAGUCGUAGGACCACAUGACACAAGUUUACAACAUGCCAUGCCACUUUAUCAGAAGAUUGUAGAUCUAGCAAGCAAUGCCAACAGUUCCACGGGUAAUAUUUCAAGAGGUGCCAUCUAUUGUCCUGAUCAGUUAAAUGUACCUGGAGUUGUAGCCGCAAUGACCCGUCUCUGUGAACAGCAAUAUCAAGAAUUCUGGUGUUCGCUCAAGUGUGGGCAGUUAGAAGCUCGAGUGCAAUUGUUUCCCGCGCCACAACCGGCUUCACACGAGGGCCUAUCUGCUACUUAUACAAUUUCUCACCAACUACAUGUCAUUGGAUUUAUAACACAACAGGAUUUAGGUACACCAAUAGCUAUAAGCAAACAUCUUAUAAUACCGCAAGCUCAAUCGGGUAAUAAUAAUAAUGCGAAUCGGGAGAAUUAUGGAUCUAAAACACCUACUAAGGAAGGCUCAAGUACUGAUGGUUCAACUGACGAAGAUAUGUCUGAUCCCAGUAAAGUUCCAAACUUUUGUGUAUUACUCCAUGGUGCACUUAAGGUGGAAGGUAUGUCAGCGAUAGUGCAGCUCGGCGCCGACUGGUGGGGCACGCUGUCGGCGUGGUGCGAGGCGUCGCGCGCGCGGCGCUCGUGCCUGCUGCUGAGCGCGCUGCGCCCGGGCGCGUCCGCCGCGCCCUGGCUCGGCGCGCUCGACCAGCUGGGGCCCGCUGACGAGACCGCUAACAAUGCGGAGACGUUUCCAGUGCGCUCAUGGCGCUCGUACAGCGGCGGCGGGUCGGGCUGCGCGUGGGCUCGCCCGCACGCGCUGCUCGCUGACGUGCAGAAAGUGCUCAGACACGCGAGGAAGUUGCCGGACAAGACACAACAUUUGUAUAAGGAGUUGAACAGACUGCGCCGUGCGGCAAUCUCGCUCGGCUUCUCGGAGCUACUAACGUGCGUGGGCAGCGCGCUGGAGCGCGAGUGCGCGGCGUUGCCGGCCGGCGCGGCGCCCGACUGCGCGCUGCAGCUGGCGCACGCGGCCGCCGCGCUGCGAGACCCGCGCACCGCGCUCGACAUCAAGCACACGCUGCAACCGCUCGCUGCCAGCUUCACUGUCUCUUCUAUGUCGCCGCAGGGAUGUUUGCAGAAGCUUGUAUAGACUGUUUUUAUGCUACAAUGCUAAAGAGAUGCACAUCCCUGGUGCGCCGUGUGCGGGACAGCCCCAAUGUAAUCUACGGACUAUCCGAGCGUUAUCCAGAAGGACUGCCCGCUUUAUCCCCACUGUCAUGGGCUUCACCGGUAAAUCCAACCUCCUUAAAUAUUGGUUUAAGGAGGUAGGAAUCCAGCCCAUUGGUGGACACAACUAUGGGGAUUAUCUCGGCAGACACACCGUCCCACAUCUCGAAAACCUCGUGCGCCAGAUCCAGAUAUUUGAGCCGUUUAUCUGCCUCGGCCUUAACAAGAUUGUCGUCAUGUGGAAUAGUGAUGUCUGCCAAGAAAAUCCUAGAAGUUGAUAUAAUUAAUAAAUUAUUAUUAUUUUAUUA